AUAAACUAUAAUCCCUUUCUUAAAAGUUUAGGAAAUACAAGGAUUAAAAUCACUGUGUAUUUUAUGUUUAAUUAAAUCAGUUUCAGUCAGCAAAAGGAAUUUUCAAUUUCAAGGAUUUCACUCUCACUCUCAGUGUGAUUGUGAUUAUUUUAAAUAUUCAUAUUUGAAGAUGGAAUGUGACAUUCUAAAAAAAUAUAGCAUCAUUUUUAUUUUUGGUAGGUACACUCAUGAAAUGUAUAAUAUACCAUGCAUGCCGGAAUAAGGAUUCCAAUAUUUAAAAUACUUCAGAUUAAUAUUAAGAUCUAGCAUUGCAAUUAAUUAAGCUAGGCUUAUAGGCCCUUCUAUACUUUAAACUCAAUGACCUGUUAGCCUUAAGCCUAUACUAUUAUAUAUUUCUUUUCAUGCUACUAAGACUAUUAAAUAGUUAUAAGUGUAAGACAUCUAAGUAACUUAUUGUUAACAUUCACUCUAAAUUAGGCUACACCUAAAGAAAUGAGACUGAAAUACGAGUUCAUUUUGAACUACCAAGACCAAUUAAAAUUUAACCUUCAAAUCAUUUAUUAAUAUUUAAAAAAAUAUUUUUGUAAUAACAGUAUAUCUGAUUUUUUUUCUUCUCCAUAAAUUACCCAUUGCCUAAGCCAGAGGUACUCAAAUAUUUUGGCCCGAGGGCCAGGUCUUGUUCUUGGGAUAGGCAAGAGGGCCAUCUGUAUCCACUGCCUAAAAUACCAUUGCCUACAUCUAUAGGGCACAAUGGGUCAAUUAUUUCAUGUAAUUCAAAAUAUUCUUUUUCAACUUUGUGCAGUUAUGCCAAGUGAAUAACUGAAAAUUAACUUCAUUUUGGUCAUUCCAUCCAUCAAUGCCUGUGUCGCUACAGCUUUGGCCUGCCUCACUACUUCCUUCCACUCAGAUCUAACUAAUGCUUUUCUUUUCAAUGCUUAGAUUCACAGCUGCUGUAGAUCUUUUUUCUGCAUCAUCCAUCGAUCUAAGCCUAGGUACUUCAUUUUAGUUUUGAAAUGCAAAAACUGUUUAUUUCAAUAACUUUACCAAAAGAAAAGAAUGAUUCUUAUUUAUUUUUUUUACUUGGUUGCUGAACAUUUUCGGGUGAUAAAUAAAGCUGAAAUUUUUUCCUCAGCUUGGUGAUUAUGAACUCAAAACAACUCACAUUGAGCUUUCAGGACAGAUGUUUGUCUAUAAUCACUGAUUCUGUUUCAAAAAUAUUGUCAAGACUUUAACUGUUAGUCUCCUAAUAGUUGGAUAUAGUAGUUGCGCAAAUGACUCGCCAAAAAAACCUGCUAUGUACUAGACCCAAAACUUCAUUUUCAUAUGUUCUAUUCCCCUAGAGAUUAGUUGUUUAAAGCUGAAGAGCAGUUUGACUAAUUGUGUGAAAUUUUAAUGUCAGAAUUUUUUUAUAAUUCUUUGAAAGUUUGCUUUAUCAGGAUUUUCACUAAUUGUAAAGAAAUUUAGCUGUGUCAGCAGUUUAACUAAAUGGAGGGAAAAAAAUAUAUGAUGUGUCAGCAGUUUGACUAACUGUGGAAAUCUUUGCUGUGUCAGCAGUUUUAUUAAUGAAGGGAAAAAAAAAGUGGGGGAGGGAUUGUCAGCAGCUGCCCAAUGGAACGGCAACAAAAAUAAUUGUUGCUCUUUGUUCUGCACAUUUUUUAUAAUCUACUAGAGAAAUGAUGUAGUUUUCUGUGCACUUAAUGCAUCUUGGUCAAGCUUUUCUUUUGUAACAUAAUUAAGGACUUAUUAAAAUGUAACCGCUGACUUGAUUCCUUAUCACUGGCAAUUAGUGCAAGUUUUCUCUGAAAGCCCAAUGAUAAACCUAUGAAAGCUCCAUGAUGACAGACUUUUUCUUAUUUUGUAGCCAACUGUGAAGUUUAUUAAGAUAGCCUGUUAUGUCUACCAAAAAAAAAAAAAAAAUGCAGCUACCAUCUCGUCUAUAUUUGAUUAAAACUCCACAAACUCCCCAGCCUACUUUGACUUCACAGUUUUGAGAAUCUUGAUCACAUUCUCACGAAAUUUCCAAAGCAGCUCCAAAAUCUUCGUUUGCUUGAGAAUCUUACAUCAUUUGUGCAAAAGCUUAUCUCCAUGUUUUGCACACGGCUUACUUGAGAAACUUUAAACAGAUGAUGCUUUAAUGAUGAGCUGCUUCUUAUGAAAGUUAUAAGUUUCAUGACUUUUGCCAUCACUUCAGUAACUUCAUCAUUCAGUUUUGAACACAGAAAUGACUGAAUCAUCCAUUGGUGUGAAAUCGGUUUAGAUUGAACGUUGAACCCUGUUAAGACAAUUGGCAACAAGGCCGAGAUCAUUUUUACAAGGGAAGGGGUUUGUAAUAUGGGUUUAUUUAAUUCAUCAAAGACUUAAUUUUUUUUUACGCUACCCAUGAAAGACGUCAAGUCUCAAAAUUAUUUUUUUUUUUACAAUUUCGUAAGUUGUUAGCGGGCAAGACUUUGAGUACUCCUGUCCUAAGCAGGGAUAGAAUUACAUUUUAUCCAUUUGCCCUUCCAUUCAUAUUAGAAUAUUAGCCAAUUAAAUUAAUUUAAAAAAUUGAUAUUAAAUUUAGUAAUACUACAUCUAACACAAGGGUGUUAUUUUUCCUUAGUUUAGACAUAGUAUUACUAAGUAUAACAUUUGCGUUUAUGUUAAAAUAUGAUUAUUUUCAAUGAUUUCAUUUAUAGAGACUGAUUAAUGUGAAUUGUAAAAAAAAAAAAAAAUUGAAAUUCAUCAGAUUUAAAGCAAGCUAACAGAAAAGUCUCACAUAAUUCAUAUGUAGAGUCUCAAAGUGACUUGAUUUCCAAAAUACAAUCACCUUUUAUUUGUUUAAUACUAGAUUUAAUAUUGAGAAACCUCUUCUAGGUAAUUUUAGAUAUUUUAAGAAUAAUGAGGAGCUUAGCUACUUUAAUCCCCUAUAAAUUAAAUUAAUUAAUCAUUUAUAAAAUUAAAAUAAAUUGGUUAAUAAUGUUACAAAAAUAAGUUUAAAAAUUAUGUAAAAAAAAAAAAAGGGAAAAGAGGUUGGGAAACAAUUUAUAUAAAUAAUGUAUAAUCAUGUAAUUGUUUUGUAAACAACCAGAUAAUUUUUUCCUUAAUUUUAAAUAUUUUAAGAAAAAUGAGGAGCUUAGCUAAUUUAAUCCCCUAUAAAUUAAAUUAAUUAAUCAUUUAUAAAAUUAAAAUAAAUUGGUUAAAAAUGUUACAAAAAUAAGUUUAAAAAUUAUGUAAAAAAAAAAAAAAGGGAAAAGAGGUUGGGAAACAAUUUAUAUAAAUAAUGUAUAAUCAUGUAAUUGUUUUGUAAACAACCAGAUAAUUUUUUCCAUUACGCACAUGUCAUACCAAUUUAGGAUAUAUGAUUGGAACUCUGCCACAGCAGCGAUUGUUUAUUUUGCCAAUAAGAAUGUAUUAACUGAUCAUCUCAAAUAUCAACAUUUUUUGAAGUCAAAAUAUGUUUUUUCUAUCAGAGGUCUGAAAAAAAACUGAAUUUUAUUAUUUCUACACUAAAAAUUUAGCCAUGAAAGGGUUAUUUGAAAAACAAAUUUUUUAAAAGUUAAAUGGACAGAUUUCUGUGGCAUUUAACAAACUUAAAUUGAAUUGAGGAAUAAAACAUUACUUAAAUUGAAAUUUGAGUAAUAAUUGAUUUUUUUGUUCCAGCAUAUUUUGGCACCACAGUUGCAUUGCUAAAGCCCAACGUACUCUUUGUGGUUGUUGAUGAUCUUCGUCCCACAUUAGGAUGCUAUGGAGAAUCCAUAUUACAUACACCAAAUGUAGAUAACCUAGCCACUAAAUCUGUUUUGUUUGAACAAGCUUAUGUGCAGGUGGGUAACAAAAGGAUUAGAUGGAUACGAGUCAUGGCCGUUUUACUUGUACUUCAAUGUAUUCACUGGCAUGGCCAGAUUUUAACACUAGGGGGAGCCUAUGCAUAAAAAGACCCACUAACCAAAAACAAAUUUGAAUAAACUAAAUUAUGAUAAAAUGACAUGGGAAGCACGUGUGUGUAUAGUCAGUAAAAGUACGUUGUUGUAUACCACUUGCGUUUCUAGGGGAGCUGGUAUGUUUAAAAUCUUCUUGAAAUAUUCCACACAUCUCUUUCCUGUGGGAAAUUGUUUACCAUCAUAAGAUAUUAUUUUAUAACCUAAACAGAUAGCCUGCUUUGAAUUGCAUAAAUAUUAUUUCAAAUUAAUCAUGAAUUUAAUCAGUCUUUUUUGUUCUUAAAGCAAGCAAUAUGUGGACCUAGUCGAGUCUCAUUCUUAACAAGUCGACGACCAGACACAACACGUUUGUAUGACUUCUAUUCCUACUGGCGGGUCCAUGCGGGGAACUUCACAACACUACCUCAACAUUUUAAAGAAAAUGGUUACGUAACACAAUCUGUUGGAAAAGUUUUCCAUCCUGGUAAAUUUGACUGUUUCUAAGUAAUUCUUAAGUGUCUUAUAAGUGAUGUUUCACAUUUAACUUGAUACCUGGCUAUGCGCCAAAGGAAAAAAGCAUGCAACAUUGUUCCGAGCUUAGGAAGCACUUUUUUCCCACCACUUUAAUUUAAGUCUUUAAACUAAGAGUCUGGCCUAUAAUUGGGAUGUUGCAAAAAAUGUUUAAAUGUUUAGGUUUUUGAUAAUGGGAUAAUAGCAUAGCCCCAAACUUUGAUGUUGCACAUCUUUUGUUAAGAAUAUGUUUUACAAAGAUCUUUACACACGUACAGAUUUAGCCUCUAACUUCAGUGAUGACUCCCCAUACAGUUGGACCAACACACCUUAUCACCCAUCUACUGAAAAAUAUAAAAUGGCCAAGGUCAGAUAAUUUUAUAUAAGGGGUGUGUAUGUGAUUUAUUUGUGGACCAUGUAAGAAAAUUUUGUAAUCGGAUAUUGUAUUUGUAUUUUGUUCAACAGAGAAGAAUUAUUCUCUUGUCAAAAGUGCCCAAAUGAUAAACCUGAUUCUCACACUGACCCAGUGGUCUAAAAUAUGAUUUCUUGAUUUUGAAAUAGUCUUCUUAUUUGAAAUAAUAAAGUGGUAAGCCAACCUGGCAUUACUUAAGUGUUUCAUGUGGGCUAGAUAUAAAAUAGUUAUAUUUUUCUUGCUUUAUUUUUCAAGAUUUUAAAAAAACGCUUUCUGUUAGAAAACAAUUGUAUUUUCUAGGUAUGUCCUAAUUCAGAUGGCACUCUAGGAAUGAACAUAGUGUGUCCCGUAGAGGUGGACAAAAUGCCAGAGGGUACGCUUCCUGACAUUCAAAGUGCAGAGUUUGCCAUUGAGUUUUUAAAAAACAUGUCGCAGUUAAAGCAGCCAUUUUUCUUAGGACUUGGCUUCCAGAAACCUCACAUUCCACUGAAAUACCCCAGGGAGUUUCUAGGUAUUUAUUUUAAAUUCGCUAAACAUUUACGAUUGGCCUUGUUACUUUAUGCAAACUGGCUCAACAUUUACGAUUGGCCUUGUUCCUUGAUGUCAUUUUAGUUUUGUUGGUUCCUUGACAAAUUUUAAUUAAAUAAUUAAAAAAUGGUUGAAAUAAUAUUUCAAAAGUGAGUGUAAUAUUAUUGUGCAUAUAGAAACUUCAUUAUCUGCACUAAAAUGUGACUAGUUAUAUUGAGUCAGUAUAAUAAAAGCUAAGGAUAAUCCAUGGCAUGAACGUUGUGCGGCAAAGCUGGAGCUCUGAGGCACAGCUGGAGGUCUGAGGCACAGCUGGAGCUCUGAGGCACAGCUGGAGCUCUGAGGCACAGCUGGAGCUCUGAGGCACAGCUGGAGCUCUGAGGCACAGCUGGAGCUCUGAGGCACAGCUGGAGCUCUGAGGCACAGCUGGAGGUCUGAGCUCUGGAGCAGAGUGGGAGCUGAUAAAAAUUCUUACAGUGCACUGGUUGUUUCUGGCACAGCUGAUGCAACAGAUCUUAGUCAUCUCAUUCGGCAUGGAGAGAGACAACAGAAUUGUCAGACUGUCUUACCAACCAGAAACAAACAACCGUGAAACUCCAAGCUAAAAAUAUUGCACCAGGUCUUUUUAAAAAUGGAAGGUGCAGGAUUUAGCAUUGCAAAAAAUGGUGGACCAUCUGCAAAAUGUAUGAUCGCUGAUGUUUAUGUUGAUCCAUGAGAAGGAAUUCUUCCCAUUUCCUGUCAAUUGAAGGAAUUAAUUAGAGUUGAACAAGAUAUGUUUAGGCUGGUCAAGACCAGAAAAUUAAGCAGACAUUUUGGCUAGAUGCCUUCUUCAGCAGACAGUACAAUUAAAUAAAAAAAGAUAAAUUUAUAUAAAAAAAUUAAACACACGUUUUUAAAGAUCUCCAUAAUGUCAAUUUAGGUCAACGUUCAGAACAGGAAGCGCUCUUUGUAAUUGUCAGUUUGAGGAAAGAAGGACUUUUUGAUACCGUAUUAGAAAGUUACCAAGUUACCAUAAGCUAAGAAACUAGCUGAAGAUGAAAUAGCAGUCAGUUUGGAUGAUCCAUUUUAUGAUUUGGACAUUUCAAUAUUGAAUUCUGCUAAUAUAUUUUAAAAUCUUUAUAAAUAUAUUCAUAUUUAAUGCAGAGGCAAACUGAACAUGAAUAAGAUUGCCAAAUAAAAAUACCACAUAGACUCAUUAGUGCUUUGCACAAUUUUUUUUUUUUGAUGGCAUCCGUCUGUCACAAUGUGACGAUGGUGUGGGCUUUGGAGGACGAAAUCCACAAGGCCUGGGAAUAUUCUUUUUUUAAGGAUUAUAAGCUGGUUCUCAACAGCAAAUCGCCUCCCUCCACGCCGCUGGAUAACCCAAGGGAACAUCAUUUGGAUGAUAAAGCUUGGCACCAGUUGCGUCGCAGGAGUUGUCAGAAUUUUUCUUUGUACCAAUGCACAUCGCACAUUACUGAAGUGAAAAUGUUUUGAAGCAAAUUUGAGGCAGGUCGUGUCUAUGUUUUUGAAGCAGUUGGGAGUGUUACUGGGAUGUCAAUGACUGGUGAAGAGUUUCAGCAAUCCUGUUGAAUAAAAGGAAACAUGAACAAAUCAAACUUUAAUAUUCUGAUGAGAAGAAAACACUUUUAUUUCUUUUAUAACUUUAUGCCGUGAGCUCAUAUGGAAUAAGGACGAGCAGAAACUUCAAAAAACUAAAUCUGUUCCACAACUAUAUGUUUAGGAUUUUUCUAUAUACAAAUCCAAUAUAAAAAAAAAAGAAAAAAAACCCAAGUUUUGUGUUGGCCUCGGCAUCAAAUGUUUACAUCAUGCUUUUUUGUGCUGGCACAUCUCUGACCUGACCAGUUGAUCAGUCUUCCCUCCCUUGUGGACAUGCUUCCCUCCCUUGUGGACAUGCUUCCCUCCCUUAUGGGCAUGCUUCCCUCCCUUGUGGACAUGCUUCCCUCCCUUGUGGACAUGCUUCCCUCCCUUGUGGAAAUGCUUCCCUCCCUUGUGGACAUGAUUCCCUCCCUUGUGGACAUGCUUCCCUCCCUUGUGGACAUGCUUCCCUCCCUUGUGCACAUGCUUCCCUCCCUUGUGCACAUGCUUCCUUCCCCUGGGGACAUGCAUUGUUCACUGUUGGUCAGAAAUUAAGAAGUCAAGAGAGCUCAAAACUGAUGUCUGGAUCUACAAUGCUAGACUGUUCUUAAAUCAGCACUUGCACAACAGCUGGCAGAAUACCCAAAAAGGGGAUAGGUUCAAUGAGCAGGCAAUCAAUUAAGUUCAGCCAAUGAAUCAAUUAACACUUUUGUUAUGUUACCGGCCAUUGAAGUUAUGACACUUGGAUGAAUAAAACCAUAUUUAUUUUUUCAGACCUUUACCCGAUGUCAAAAAUCAAAUUGGCGAAGUACAACACAUACCCACUGCGUUUGCCUCUUGUGGCUUGGAAUCCAUGGACAGACCUGAGAGAGCGAGAUGAUGUCCAAAAACUAAAUAUAAGCUUCCCGUUCGGUCCGGUGCCUGAUGAUUACCAGGUGGUCAUCUAAACUAUUAUUACUCUUUGUUAAUGAAAUGUUCAUCUUACUGAAAGAAUCAUUGGCCAUUAACCCCACAUAAGUUAUUACAAUCUUGUUAGUAUGUUUUUGAAUCUUGGUAGUGAUAAAGCUAUAAUAUAGAAUUUUUAGCACCGAGAUGGUUCAUUAUGCUUUUUUGGUACUUAUUUAGUACUUUUUUAGAAUCCAUAGUUGGCCUGUUUAUUUCACCUUUUUAAAAUAACAUUCUAAAAAUUAAUACAUUGUUAAAUGUUUUUUUAAAAUGUGUGAUCCUUUACAAACUGUUCUCAUAAAAAUGAUAUUUUCUUCCUGUUCAGUAUAACUUAUUUCUAAUCCCCCCCUCCCCCCCCCCCACCCACACACACACACCAUUUAGCUGCUGAUGAGACAGAGUUACUAUGCUGCCACUUCUUACAUGGACUCCCAACUAGGGAAAGUCCUGUCAGCACUAGAGCAAUACGGUCAUGCCGACAACACCAUCAUUUCAUUUAUCGGUGACCAUGGUGAGUCAGCUCAUUUUAACAAGUGAGCAAGUCAAAAGACAUGAUUCUAGCUCUGAAUGCUGGGAUGCUUUUAUUUGGUUGGCAGAACAAUUCCAUCUAAAAAUAAUAAUUUCAGUAAAAUUGAUUUUAAUCGUUUGAUUUUUUAAAAUAGUUUGAUCAUAAUAUAAUCAAUUUCAAAAAUGCUGUUCCAGUCACUUAGAAAUAUUGGAAUUUUAAUUACACCUAACCUUAUGUCAAAAUGGUAUAUAAAAGAUCACUGACUUACACUCUAUGGGAUAUGGCUUUUAUAAACUUAAGAUUACUGUUUUUAAAUAAGGGGCUGUUUGCAAAUAAUGGCACGCUCAGCAGGGGAGGGGGGAUCGAGAGUUUGUGACACUUUGUGAUGGGAGGGGGAAGGGGGGUAAAAAUUGACAUCACAAUUUUUUUUUGUUUUUUUAAUUUAAAAUUUUCUACACAAAAAUUGUUGUAGCCAUUUUACAUUUGGGGAGGACUUCUUUGUUUCACGUCACAGUUUUCUAAUAAUACUACAUAUUAAUCCAUUGUGGGAAAAUGUUAAAAAAUAAAAUCUUAGUUUAGUUAUGAAAAUUUUAAGUAUGUUUUGAAAUUUUUUUUGGUUGUGAUGUGACACUAAGGGUGGUGUGGUCUAAAAAAUGUCAUUUUUUGCGUGACAUAAUUUGACAUAAUCUACCAUAAAUACCAAACAGUUAUACACUUCGGAAGAGGGAAAAAAAAAGUGAAUUUACUAUAAACAGAUGUGCUAAAAUUAUUACACAUAUAAAUAGCUUACUUCAAAUUAUUAAGUAGCUCACUCCAUUCAAAUAAUUAAAUAGCUUUCUUCAAACUAUUAAUACAGCUUACCUGGUGCUUCAAAUUAUUAAAUAGCUUACCUGGUACUUCAAAUGAUUAAAUAGCUUACUUAAAUAAAUAAAAAAUCUUUCUUCAAAUUAUUAAAUAGCUUACCUGGUACUUCAAAUGAUUAAAUAGCUUACUUCAGAUGAUUAAAUAGUUUACAUCAAGUUAUUAAAUAAAUUACUUCAAAUAUAAAUGUGAUCAAAAGUCCUCUUUUACGAAAAAAUGUCUGGCCAUUUGGGAAAUAUAGUUUGAUUUUACUUUAAUUAUCAAAAGAUCAAAGGUCAUAGAGGUGGCCAGCCACCCUUGGUCCAUGUAUGUAAAUAAAUUUCUUUCUCGGUUGUAGGCUGGGUACUGGGUGAUUACGAAGAAUGGUCAAAGGUCAUAGAGGUGGCCAGCCACCCUCGGUCCAUGUAUGUAAAUAGCUUUCUUUUUCUGUUGUAGGCUGGGCUCUGGGCGAACACCAAGAAUGGUCAAAGUACAGCGUGUUCGAUGUGGCUGCACGAGUUCCCUUUAUUUUAUACGUACCAGGCGUAACACACUCUAAAGCAAGUGAGACAGAGAGAAUGUUUCCUUUUAUCUCUCCACUGAGUGAUGACUCGACAAUCAACCUGAGGCAGGAACAAAAUAGCAAUCAAUAUUUUAAACAAAAAAUAUUCGACCAGGAAAUUUCUUUAAAUAUUGAUGCAGAAGAAAACAGUGUGUUACAGGAAACAUCUGAAACUUUUUUUAAAAAGGGUCCAUUAUUAGACAGAGUUUUUGAGAAAUCAGCAUCUGAAGUAAGGUUUUCAGUUGACAGUGAGAUUAACCCCCUUGGUUACAGAAGUUCUGCCUUAGUUGAACUUGUGGAUUUGUUUCCCACUCUGGCUGAACUCGCAGGGCUACCUGUUCUCCCACAGUGUCCAGAGAAUCCGUUUGAUACCUGGCUGUGCACUGAAGGAACCAGUCUGCUGCCUCUCAUUAAGAACAUUACAAGGGGAGGCGAGGCCCAAGGAAAGUUUGCUUCCUCUGACGUUAUCAAAAACUCAAGCUCUGCUAAAACCAUUGACGUGAAGGCAGAAGGUGAACUUCAGUUUCAAACUUCAGUUGCCAUGACAACAAGCCAUUUAGCACAAAAUUGCAAUCAAACAGCUGUUCCAUUUUAUUCUGAAUUCCAUUGGAAAAAAGCAGUGUUUAGUCAGUAUCCCAGGCCGUCUGUUGAACCUAGAGACGACAGCGACAAACCUCACCUGAAGGACAUUCGGAUCAUGGGCUACAGCAUGUGGACGCCAGACUUUCAUUACACAGAGUGGGUUGGCUUCGACCCGAGUAAUUACACCAUUCAGUGGCAGGAGUUGUACGGGACCGAGCUGUACCUGAGGUCAUUAGAUCCAUACGAGAUAGACAAUGUUGCCUUGUAUGUUGAAUGUGCUGACCUGGUCAAAGGUCUGUCCAAGCAGUUACACAGUGGCUGGAGAGCUGCUCUGCCUUCAUAAAGCAAGAAUCAUGGACAGCUUGACAUGUACAAAGGGCAAUAUGUUGCACACCAAGGAAAUGUGGGGAAACAUUACAUGGAUGAUGAGACAGUCUGGACAGGUAUACACUGUGUCUGGAAAAAAAAAAAGGAAACCUUUUGAUACUGAUUAGUCAAUGGAGAGCGUGUCUUAAAGCCUGUGUUGAAGCUAAUGGCGGAUGCUUGAACACACAAAUUAUAGUUAAAUAAAAUUUGGCAUUAUGUUAGAAUUGAAAUGAGCUUUGAAAUUUAAAAUAAUGAUAAAUAUCUACCUUUAGUUUUCAUCAUGAUAAAAAAAGGGGUUCCCUUUUUCACGGACACAGUCUACAAUAUAAAGAAACAGGAACCUUGACUGGUGUCAAAAUAUAAUGUGUCUACAAACAAAGGGAACCCUUUUUAUAAUGAUGCAAACUUCAGAAAACUCAUGGUAAAUAUCUUCUAGUCACCUUGUUUAAAAAAUGUGUCAAUUAAUUUUUCAAUAUGGCGUAGUUUUUUUAGGGACCGUUCAUUAUUUUUGGCCAGCAUGUCAGGACUAAAAUGAGUUGGAUUUUUAAAAUUGAUAUUUGCCAGAUUUUUUCAUCAUUAUCAAAAGGAGUUCCCCC